GCCGGAUGCUGAGCGAACAAUCAAAGCUUCGUAAUGUUAUCUGUUCAAGGGGAUAUAUGUCAGCGGCAGGCGAGUGGUUGGCAUUAGCAGUGCAGCUAGCGGGAAUUGGGAGAGUGAUCAGCAAAAAGUAUUAUCCAUCAACGUUAUAUCAGCCCCGUCUUGAAACAUAUUGGAACUUCGAUUAUCAUCAAGGGAGAAAGCAGGCGAAGGGGGAGGCAGAUUAUAACGUACCAUUGGUCUGGCGUUCAUAGUAGUUGGUUGCAACUGACGCUGCUUCUGGUCGUAAACGCCAGCGGUAUCGCGGCAGCAG